CAGUACUCUUACUCUACAGCUAGCCGUACGACGAUGAACUGAAGCAUCUCUAGUACGUACGUGAACUCCUAAUACAUACGUAGCAAAAUCUCUGGUUGUCACUCUCGCUGCUAAAUUGUGAGCCUCUGAAUCUAAAUUUUCGUCUGUUUGUUGUUUUCGGGUGCUGUGCUGUCGUACGCUGUGCCUGCAAAUUAAUUACACGUACGAUUGUACAACGUCAGUAACCAUAUUCUUUCAGUUAACCUUACUUGGAACUCGAGGACCAUUAUUCCCCGGUCGGUUUCAAUAGUUUGAUAGGGUCGUUGGUUGAGAUUCCAAAUCGGAUCUCAUUUGUGCCUUGUAUGUUAAUUACCUGCCAACUUAAAUGAUCAAAAGUUUAUCGAGAUACAUUGAUGAAUGCCCCCUCAAUCGUGGAUAUCAUACACCACAACACUAACACGCCCCCUCAAACGAAAGCCACUCACAAGGGCUUGAAGUUUGCACAGGUCUGAAGACAAGAAUACCAUGUGCUUAACAAAUGGGGGUCAUCGGGAAUCAAACACAAGACCUCUCGGUCACAGAAGGCUCUGAUACCAUGUCAAGAACCAGUUGGUCCCAAUAACUCGAGUUGUUGGGAGAGGUUCAAUCGUGGAUAUCAUACACCACGACACUAACAAUUUCGGAUUGAUAAGUUUGACUACCAUGACGCGUACAAUUGUCCAAGGUUGUUCAUAAAAGGAAUGUCGAAAACAACCGAAUGGAAGCGGAGCUCCUGGUUUUGGAAUAUUCUCACGUUGCACAUAUAUAUUAUAUGUGCAUGCAAUGGUUAGUUUCUGGGGGGUUCUCCAAACAAGUAUUAGAUAAUUAGUUUCGAAUUUCAACUAAUUAAAGCUCUAUGGGCGAAUAACCAGUUCAACAUCCGUUGAUUGGAUGCUAAACCGUGAUUUAAUUAAAUGCAUUAAUCAUUUUCACAAAAAUAUUAUCUUUGACCGCCUUCCAUUUGGAACUUAUUAUAGAUUAAGUUCACAUGAGUCAGCCAUUUGUUUCUAAGAAUAUGAAUUCUUCUCGUCUCCAUUUCUGGGAUCACAAAAAAGUUUUGAGCACUGCAAAAUCGAUUUCGACAACAAAAAGAAUUCAAGUCGAGCAUUUUCAAUGGUGAAGUCAAGAUUAAAACUAAUGAGAGGAGGGCUAACAUAAUAUAUUAUGAUAGUUUCCAAAAUCAAAGCAGUGGAUUUAUAGAUUUUUAGGCUUUCUCCAACCCAAGGAGCUAAAUUGCUAAAUAGCCAAAUUUGGCUUUUUUUCCCCCUCCAACCCACAAAAAAAUGGGUAGCAAAAUAUGGGUAUUGGGUUUUUGGGAGUUAAAAUUGGCUGGGAUUUGGGGUGGGAAGCUAAAAUUGGCAGCCAAAAAAGCAUACCACGUCUGCUGGCGGGGGGAGGGCGCAGGACGCGCGCCUGGGCCGCACGCGUGCGGCCCAGGCGCGCGUCCUGCGCCCUCCCCCCGCCAGCCGACCUGUUUUUUUUUUUUUUUUCUUUUAACUUUUGGUUUUGUUGGGUGGGAAUUUAAUUGAUGUAGUGACGAAAAAACGGUCAUAUUUUAACGGCCAUAAAAAACGGUCAUAUUUUAACGGCCAUAAAAAACGGUCAUAUUUUAACGGCCAUAAAAAACGGUCAUAUUUUAACGGCCAUAUUUUUUCUUAUAUAUUACAGCACUCUUCAUAGGUUUCUCUUCACUCAUUCUCAGAGCAUAAAUCGCAUUCUCUCAAAAUUCAAUUGUUAUCGUCUCUCAAAAUAGAAAUAUGACAGGCAAGAGAGGACCUAAUUGGCGUCCGAAUGAAGAUGAAAUCUUGUGCAGAGCUUGGGUGUCGAUAUCAGAAGAUGGAGCGGUUGGCACCAACCAGAAGUAUACAAGGUUGUGGGAAAGAGUGGCGGCAGAACAUCAAAAAUGGGAUCCUACUACAAUUCGUACUGCUAUUGCAAUGGAAUCCCGAAUGAGGAUUAUUUGCUAUCACUGCAAUGCUUGGAAGGGAGUUUUGCAAAGAGCACAAAGGCAUCAAUGUGACGUCGGCUUGUAGUUUGACGGCGACUUGAUGCACCUUCAGCCAGCCUCCGACCGAUCAAACUCAAACGUAGGUGGUGAAACCUUUCGUACUCUUCGUUUUCUUCUUCUCCAGACGAUGAGCUAUCUGAGAUACUCAUGAUGAAUGUGUUUGUUUUAGAAAUGGGAAGAAGUUUUAGUUGAGUUGAUGAAAAUGAAGAACUGUCAUUUAUAAAGACAUUUGGUGCAAAAAAUGACAAAAAAACGGUCGUAAAGUAACGGAUACAAAAAAACGGUCAUAUUUGGAGUGGUCCCGAAGUUUUAACGGUAAUAUUUUAACGACUAAUUUUUUAAAAAAAAAAUUAUCUCGGAAUUUAAAAAAAAUUACAUCGAAAAAUUUGUAUUCAAAACUAAUAACGAGUUAUGAAAAUAUUAAAGUGAAAUAUAAAAAUUAGAGGUCAAAUAAGUAUGGUUUAUUGAAAUAAAUUGAAAAAUGGAAAUGGGAAGCUAAAUUUAGCUUUUUAUAGGGUUGGAGUGAAAAGUGGGUUUGGGGAGCUAAAAAGCCAUAUUUGGCCAUUUGGGGAGCUAAAUUCCCCUUUCAGGGUUGGAGUUAGUCUUAAGGAGGGAAUGAAAUUAUAGCCCUUAUCCACCAUCAUUUCAAUAUUUUAUAUACAUGACAUUGUAACCCAAAACCAAAUAUACUAAGAGCAGAACUUAGUCCAUGUCUGUAAUAAACCAGUUGGUCCCAAUAAUUCGAGUUGUUGAGAGAAGAUUAUGUUGGAUCUCAUACCACUCUCUCACACGCCCCCUCAAACGAAAGCCUAUCUUUUUUCGGGGUUUUCUUAUACAGUUUGCAUAGGUUGAACGUAUCAUUCCUUGUGAUGCCAAACCCAUUCGACUUUCACUUUGUACAGGUUGGACAUACCAUUCCUUGUACUAAACCAUUGUUUUUAAAUUGGGGGUCGUCAUGAGGAUUCGAAGUCAUGACCUUACGGUUAUAGGUUGUCGGUCCCAAUAAUUCGAAUUGUUGGGA